AUGAGGAAAAAGAAUUCCUUACCUGAAAUUUCUACACUAAUAACGCCUGGAACCACUCAGACUACAGGCUGGACGACUAAUAAAGGGUCUAGAUAUCGCUUCAAGUUCGAUGAGAUUAAGGAGAAAUAAGUUUGAUAUUGCUUCAACCAUUAAUCUCAAGCAUAAAUUAGCUACUGUAUCUCAGAAGAAGAGAAAUCCGCAACCCAGAAGAAUGAAGGCUUGCAGCCAGCCCCGAACGAUUUCUAGGAACAGAAGAAUAAUUAAGAGAAAUCAGAAAAAUGGGGCUUGAAAACGGUUCUUCUCAGCAGAUCUUAAAUAAUGAAAUCGAGCGAGCAGAAGACUCCAAUCUCUGGGCAUCUAGCAAUUCUAGUAAGCUAGAAGAAAACAAAGAGGAUAACAUGGAGGAACUAGUGGGUAAAGAAGCCUUCCUCAAAUACUAUCAGAAGUACAAAUAAGUACUCUAUCGAUCCGAAGGACUGUAAGGACUCUGCCUCAACUGCUUUUAUUCAGGAAUGUAAGAACUUGAACCUAAAUCCAGCACCAAUAGGAUUGAUUAAACGCAAAGGAAACCCUGAUGUUGUUGAUGUCAAUUAUUUGCAGCUGGGAAAGACCUAUAUGAAAGCCCUUACCAAGUCGAUGAAACAUUUGAAGGUGAGGGAUGUCAAGAUCCAGAAUAUCAAGGAGAAUGAAAAAGGCGUUAUACAAAUUAUUGACGCCCUCAAGAAAUUCUGAGAAAACAUAAAACUGCUGAAUACUACACUAGGCAUGGACUCCGUCAGGCAUUUAUGUCAGUGGAUGAAGAAACAGGAUAACAUCGGCUCCCUCAAGCUAAAGUAUCUAAACUGUAGCAACUGAAGGCUGAUCGAGACCACUUCUUUGUGUCUUAUGAGGGGAUUGAAAAAUUCGCAACCAGAUCUUAUUGAGCUAGACCUGAGCCGGAAUAAGAUUAGUGACCGAAGCUGAAUAGUACUUGGCGAGUACGUCAAAGGUGCAUAUUACUUAACCAAAUUAGAUCUGAAGUGGAACCUGAUUAGUAGCAAAGGAGCUACUAAGUUAUUCAAAGGGCUUUUAGUUGGAGCCAGUUGAAAGAAUCUAAAUCUGUCAUACAAUUGACUAUCCAAAUAUGAAUCGCUCGAGAUGAUAGAGGAGUUAUCGAAUUUGAUCAACCAAAGCUUGGUACAUCUUGACUUAUCCCAGAAUCAUAUGUCAGCAUCAGCUUGAGCAAAGCUAGGAGAGCUGAUAGAGAAUAACCAUACACUUUAUGGUCUACAUAUGCAAGGAAAUAAUUGAUAUGUGGAUGGAUUCGGGUUUAUUCGAGUUGAUUCUUACCAGAAUAACUUCGAUUAUUCGAAGAAUGUUUAUAUUUCCCCACAUGAGUUUACUGGACAUUCAACAUCAAUGAAGUAUAAGUCAGAAAUUCCGAUGAACUUUAUGGCUGUGACAAAGUGAUGGGUAUGAGAAGGCUGGAGUGAGAAAACCUUCAUUAUCGACCCUCAUAAAUCAAUUCAGGAUAUCGUGGAGCCACUGCACAUCCAUUUUAGUUAUAACAACUAUCAGCCUGAAUUGAUGAUCUCUGAGCCUGACGGGACUUAUAGCUAUCGGACAAUGUGCCCUCCAGGUAAAAUAGACUACUUCUUUACAAUGGAUAAGAUCGCUACCUCUGCGAAGGAUCAUUUCAGGAGGAAGCUUAAAGUCCCAAAGAUGAUCUACGAUAUUGUACAGUACGACGAAAUCAAGACGUACCGACUUGCUAAGAUAAAUUACUGCAUAGUUGAGCAAGGAGAGGUACUUGACAAAGAUUACCUCCCUAUAAGCACAACUUGUGUGCCUAGGCCAGUCCUGAUGAAGUAUGAAAAGCCAGAGGAAGUCAAAGAGAGGCCACCCUGGGAGUUUCCUAAAUCACUUUUUGCUAGCUAUAUUCAAGAUACAGCAGAGCUAAUUUCAGAAUGAUUCGAAUACGACUGGAGUCUUUGUAAUAAACCUAAAUUCACCAUGGAAGAGGAAGAGGAGAUCAAAGCUGUUCUAAAGAAGCACUACUGGCUUAUUAAGGAAAUAUUUAAGUAUCAGAGCGCACUUGGGACUACAAGUGGGUCAUCCUCGUUCGCAAUCCCGCUUAACUACUACACUGACUUUGUCAGAAAUUGUGGAGUUAUUGAUGGGAAGGAGAUCAACUACACCGAGUCUGAUACUUUACAUUUAUCUAUUAACAAGCGUACUAAGAUGACAACUCUGAACCCAGGAAACGGCUUGGUUAGGUUCCAGUUCUUGGAAAUUUUGAUGAGGCUAGGCCUCAAGAGGAGUAAGAAGAUCUCUAAUAAGGCAAAAAGAAUUGACAGGUUUAUGAAUGAGUGCAUUCUCAAGAAUUCCAAAUACCAAAAGGUCCAAGAAUGGAGGUGGGAAAAGUACUGGAAUGAGCCAGUGGAUAAUUUGUACAAAUUUCAUAUCAAAUUACUUCAAGAGGUUUAUAAUAAUUACUCAGGCCGAUUUAAGAAACCAGGCGAGCAGACAUUCAUGUCUUUGGUUGAAUUUGAGAAUCUGUGGGAGCAUUCUGGUCUUCAGAACGAUAAUUUCGCAAAUAGAGACGUCUAUGUAUGUUUCAAUUUGGCAAUGCAAACCAGAGUAGACGAGUUGACGUCAGACAAGCAUCUCAAAAUGUCAUUUGUCGAAUUCCUAGAAGCUGUAGCUAGGGUUGCGAACUACCUGAGUAUCCCUCCACCAAGUUCAAAGUCAAAAUUCCAGUAUCUGAAGAAGGCUGAUACUAUGAAUUCUGACAACCAAGAUGAAGAAAUUGAAGCAGAAGGUGACGAGGAGAUAUUCCUAACUGAAGAAGAAUUACUGAAUCAGCCUCUUAACAAAAAGAUUGAGAAUAUUUUGCCUAACUUGUUAACAAAUUGUACAAAACAAGGGUUCCAGAAGAAAUGGGAAUGGCCUACCAAAAACCCCAAGCUUGGACUAUACGAAGAGGUUGUACAUAUCCCUCAGAACAAUACUGAGUUGAAGCAGACCAUGGCUAUUGGGAUCAACAGGUUGAUAUUCAACAAGCUUGGGUUCCGAGAGCUCAUAGCCAUUAAGAAGAGGCGGCGGAUGCUUUAG